AUGUCUUAAAAAGCUGGUUUUGUAAAUUAAAAAUCUACUUAAAAUGUAACACAAGUGCAGAAAUAAACAUCAUAAAUAAAUAAAGUGUGUAUAUAAUCGUCAUAGAUUGCUCUGAAUCAAAUAAUACCUGGAUCAUAAGAAAACUAUUCUUUACUAUAUUCUUAUAUCAAGCAAGUUGAUAAAUGGAUAAGACCUAAAAAAAUGUCUAAAGAUCAAACAUAGAAGAUGAUUGAAGAAAUAUAUACAACAAAAUUUUAAAAAGAAACAUAGCAUCUCUUAUCUGGAAAAUCUAGUCUUAAAUUAUAAAAGAAUAUAAUACCUUUUCCGCAACAUGUAUAUGAGACUAUAAAAAAAAAGAGUAAAUAAUAAAAGUAGUUAGAAUAGUAAUUAGUAAACUUAUUAGUUAGUGUUGAGUUUUACUCCUAAAAAUAGCCAGAGAUUAAAUUAUUUUAGCAAUUUUUAUAAUAGAAUUAUGAUGAUGAUGAUUUGAUAUUUUUCUUAUUUGCAAGGGCUAUUUCAGAGAAAGUGGUUGGAGUGGAAUUUUAUCAAUAAAUAACUUAAAAAUAUCUUGAUCCUAGCUUGAUUUUUAUUAGUAUAAAUAAGGCACAAAGUAUUGCUAUUAUGGUAUACGGAGAAGCAGAUAAAGAAAAUUUAGAAAAUGUACUACAUAAUUUAAAAAAAAAUAGUGAUUUUGAUCCUACAGAUUUAUUGCAUAAGAGAGAAAGAAAAAUCUCAAUUUACAACAUAUUAAUUAUUCUAAUAAGUCUUUAUAGUAAUAAGAAUCUAUUGGCUGACUAAAAUGUAAACCUAUAAUCUAAUAAAAAUCAAAACAAGGAUUAAAAUAUAUCUAAAAUCACAGAGAGACUUGAGUCUUUUAUAACAUCUCCUAUUUAUUCAAAUAAUAAAUUUAAUACAUUUUGUAGUGCAGAAAAGUAAGAAUUUGCUUUAGAAAAUGAAGCUUUUAUCAAUGAUGUUUAAAGCAAAGAGGAAUAUAGUAAUUAAAAUGGGCUAAGAAGGAGUAAAAAUCCAUUUUCUUAAGAAUUCAAUGCUAACGAUAAUACAUUUAAUCAAAUAAAUAGUUAAUAGUUAAAUCAACCUUAAUAAUAAGAAUUUCCAUCAUCUUUUGAAAUUAUAAAACAAUCUUUCUCUUCUUAAGAAAAAGAUAUCCUUAAAAAUAUUGGCAUUCUUGAUCAAAAGAUCUAUGAUAAAAAUCAUCCAUAACAAGAGUAGGAAAAUGGAUAUUAAGGUGAAAGAAAUGCAUUUAGAGCUUCUAAGUUUUCUGUAAGCUCAAAUUAAAAUAAAAUUAGAGAGAGGUCUUGUGAGGAUGAGUAAGAAUACUAAUUAAGAUAAAAUGAAGAGGAUUUUUUGCAUGAUUAAUAAGAGAAUUUUGAUUAUAACGAAAUUCAAUAAGAGAAUUAAUAAAAUGAGCUUUCCGAGCAAAGAUUUUAAAAAAGUAAUUUUUAAAAUAAAUAAUAAAAUUAAAAGGAUGAAAAUCAUUUCAUGAAUGGCCUAAUUUAUAAAAGUGAAUAUUAAAUUUAAUAAGAAAGAAAGAAAAAAGAAUAAGAAUUACAAAAAUAAAAGCAAGCUGAGUAAUAAGCUCAGGAAAAAGAACAAUAAGAAUAUGAAAGCUACUAGAUUGAAUUGAAUAAUGAAAAUUAAUAGAUUAUGUUUUUAAAUGUUCAUUAAAGACUUGAAGAAUUUAUUGAAGUAAUGAUUUAGGACUCUAGUCACCUAUCUGAAUCCCAACAACAGCAGCUUAAAGAUAAGCUAUAUGAUAUUAUAAGUAGAAGAGUAAAUGACCUUUUAGCUUCUAUUUUCAAUAAUAAUUUCUCUAUAUGGUUUAGAAGUUGUCAAAUUUAAGAACCAACUCCUUAUCAAAGUGAAUACCUUUAAGAUUUACUGAAUAAAUAUCAAAAACUAUAUAAAAUCUCUCCAGAACAAAUAUCUAAAAUUGACUUGAAUUAAUUUUCUAAAAAAAUUCUUUAAACACCAGAACUUGCCAAAGAAAUAGGUAGACUAAUAGUUAGCAUUAAUUUAAAUUGA